AAUUCUUGCUGGACAAGAAUUUAAAACGCGCCAGCACUGACGGCCGGAAACACACUUGCACGCUGCAUUGCGUGAGUGUUACGUGCCUGCGAAAGGAUCGCCUGAAAAACCCCCCUGCUAAGAUAUCGCAGAAGCGGACAGACUAAACCGAAACACAGGAUGGCUUACACCGGGCUAAUUCUGGCCGUGCUGACCAUCAUACUGUCGGUCGUGUGCUACUUCAAGAUACUGUACGAAUGGCACCGGAAGGUGCGCAUUCAGACCGUACGGCCGUCCCGACUGCAGAAGCUGACCACCGCCGCCACCUCCCUCCCACAGCAAUCAACCACCGAGCUAAUGACGUUCCCGCAGGCUCCAGGCCCAGUGCCGUGGCCCAUCCUCGGCAGCCUUGCAUUUCUCGGCCAGUACGAUGUGCCGUUCGAGGGCUUUACUGCCCUGGCGAAGAAGUACGGAGACCUGUACAGUAUCACGCUCGGGUCGACCCGCUGCCUGGUGGUCAACAACCUCGACCUGAUCCGGGAGGUGCUCAACCAGAACGGGCGCUACUUCGGCGGCCGACCGGACUUUCUGCGCUUCCACAAGCUGUUUGGCGGCGAUCGGAAUAACUCGCUCGCACUAUGUGACUGGUCGACCCUGCAGCAGAAGCGACGCAACCUGGCCCGGAAGCACUGUUCGCCAAGCGACGCCUCCAGCUACUACCAGAAGAUGAGCGACGUGGGCGUGAUGGAGAUGCACCGCUUCAUGGAUCAGCUGGACGAGGUGGUGUGCCCGGGCAAGGACUUCAAGGUGAAACCGCUAAUUAUGCAGGCGUGUGCGAACAUGUUCAGUGAGUACAUGUGCUCGGUAAGGUUCGACUACAACGACCAGGGAUUUAUGUCCAUCGUGCGAAACUUUGACGAGAUCUUUUGGGAGAUCAACCAGGGAUACGCGGUGGAUUUUUUGCCCUGGCUCGCUCCUUUCUAUCACAAGCACAUGAGCAAGCUUACACGCUGGUCGGCCGAGAUCCGGGACUUCAUACUUGAACGGAUUGUGAACGAGCGGGAGCAGACGCUAGGGGAUGACGACACCGAGCGAGACUUUGCUGAUGCACUGCUGAAAAGCUUACGGCUCGAUCCGUCGGUAACGCGAGACACCAUCAUGUACAUGCUGGAGGACUUCCUGGGUGGGCAUUCAGCGAUCGGCAAUCUGGUGAUGCUUGCGCUCGGCUAUAUCGCAAAGCAUCCGGAAGUGGGUCACCGGAUCCAGCGUGAGAUCGAUCGCAUCACCGAGCGGGGCAAGCGAAACGUUACGCUGUAUGAUACCGAGAGCAUGCCGUACACGGUCGCGACAAUUUUCGAGGUGUUACGCUACUCUUCCUCGCCAAUCGUGCCGCACGUCGCGACGGAGGACACGUGCAUAGCCGGAUACGGUGUCACCAAAGGCACGGUCGUGUUCAUCAAUAACUACGAGCUGAACACGAGUGAGCGGUACUGGAGCGAGCCGAAGCGCUUCAACCCCAGCCGGUUCAUCGAGACGGCUACACUCGCUCAGAUCCGGACGGAUCUACGCGAUUCGCCGACCGCCAAGCAGGACCUGACCAACAUCAUCAAAACAAAUGGUGUGAGCAGCGAGAACGAACGCACGCUUCAGAUCGAACGAGUCCGCAAGAAUAUCCCACAUUUUCUGCCGUUUAGUAUUGGUAAACGGACCUGCAUCGGGCAAAAUCUGGUGCGCGGUUUCAGCUUCAUCAUCAUCGCCAACAUCUUGCAGAAAUACGACGUGCACUCGAACGACCUCAGCCUGAUCAAGAUGUACCCGGCUUGUGUGGCCGUGCCGCCCGACACCUACCCGCUCGCCUUCACACAGCGCUCGACGGUGGCUGCCUAGACUAGCCCAGUAGUAGCAGUUAGUAAUAAUCGUACUAGUAGUUGUUAGUAGUAGUAGUAACAGCAGCAGCAGUAGCAGAUCGUCCGAAAACUGUCCAUGCUGUCGCGACGCGAGACACUGUACAUAGUUUCAAUGCCAACUACCGGGACUAGUGGAACACGCCUCAAUUGCGCGCACCCGUAAACAGCUAAGCUAACUUAUUUCACCAGGAUGCAGAUAAUGCGCGAAAAAGGCACCCCGCUUCCUUCUCGCUACACGCUACACGAAACAAUCUUAAAGUAAAAGGAUUGGGCCCAAUCUCCACUUGUUUGCAACACCGAGUGCACCAGAAGAGCUUUCUUAGGCUUCUCUUUCACCUACACAUCGCUCGGCGCCCAUCCUUCAGUCAGUUGGUAUACUACUUGCCCUGCAAAACGCAUCGUUUCGUCCUUUGGAAGGAGGACACAUGUCCUAGGCGAGAAUGUUCCUCUUUUGGUUGCUCGUAUAUCCCAUCCAAAUGGCACCAGAAUCUUGUAACCUUCUGAUUCGCAACUGCAGCUGUACGUGUAUCUGUCAAUGAGCGGCGCUUAAACAUGGCGACUUAUCGUAUUGCGUAUGCAAGUACAAUGAACGUAUUUGAUACAACUGAUAUAAAUUAAAUAAGAGCUAAGACUGAUUUUUUUCAUCUUUACCCUGUGAGACAGAUCUAGACGAAUUAUAUCAAAAUCCAAACGAAAGCAAAACAAAUACACGAUGGAGCAAAGUGUAAUGGGUUUAUCAUACCUGUUCAAUGGA